GGAAUCUCAUUUGCGCUACAUCUUCAUCCCACUGCCCUUUCGCCUUUGCUCAGCCUACGCUAGAACUGUAACCACCGUGCUAAGCAUAUUUUAUUUCCUCUUGGCGCGUCGUUGGUGACUUUGCCGACGCGGCUUUUGCCAAUAUGUCCGACUACGAAGACGAAAUGGAGGUCGACGCGCCUGUUGAGAAGUCUGCACUGUUUAGCUCGGACAACAUAGGCGCCAAAGGCAAACGAAGUGCAGCGAAUUUGCCGGUUGAAGCUGAAGACACAUUGCCAUGGGUGGAGAAGUAUAGACCCAACACUCUCGAUGACGUGGAAGGACACAAAGAUAUUCUCGCCACUAUCAACAAGUUCGUGGAAGCUAAUCGAUUACCACAUUUGCUGCUGUACGGUCCGCCUGGAACCGGAAAGACAUCGACCAUCCUCGCGCUCGCCCGCCACAUAUAUGGCGCCAAGAAUAUGCGCCAAAUGGUACUUGAGCUUAACGCCUCCGAUGACCGCGGAAUCGACGUUGUACGCGAGCAGAUCAAGACCUUCUCCUCUACCAAACAGAUUUUCAGCACUGCGCCCACAUCUCAAGCCACGAAUUCACUAGCGACGUUUAAACUCAUUGUGCUUGACGAAGCGGAUGCCAUGACGAGCACCGCGCAAAUGGCUUUGCGGCGAAUCAUGGAGAAGUAUACGGCCAACACGAGGUUUUGUAUCAUUGCGAACUACACCCAUAAGUUAAGCCCGGCGCUACUCAGUCGAUGUACGCGUUUUCGGUUUAGUCCCUUGAAAGAGCAGGAUAUCAGGAGACUUGUGGAUCAUGUCAUUGAAGCCGAGGACGUAAAAAUUGAAGAGGAGGCAAUAAAGGCACUCGUCAAACUCAGUAAAGGUGAUAUGCGACGAGCUUUGAACGUUCUGCAGGCCUGCCAUGCGAGCAGCACGCCUUUGCAGCCUCCGGGCGCACUAAAGAUAGAUGCAAAGACGGUCAAAAGGGAUACUAUUACAGAAGCAACCAUCUACGAUUGCAUCGCCGCUCCCCACCCAGCUGACAUAAGAAUAAUACGCGACACCCUUCUUACUACUAGUGAUGUAACAAGCUGCCUCCAAACAAUCAACGAGCUCAAAAACAACAAAGGCCUUGCCUUGGCGGAUAUCCUUUCCAACCUUGCUGAUCAACUAAAUGAAUUGGACGUGCCUGCUCAGACGCGGAUCACUUGGCUCGAAGGGCUCAGCGAGAUUGAGUAUAGGCUAAGUGGAGGAGGUAGUGAGACUGUUCAGACUGGCGGAAUGGUGGGCGUCAUAAGAAAUGGCGCUGAGCUGAUGUUACACCAGAGCAGGAAGUAAGCACUAACCUGGGUUCAGGGAGGCCUCCUGAGUUACCCGCCUACAACUCAAAUUUCAUCAACGAGGGAAUUCGAGAGAACCCGGGCGCUUCUGAUACGCCAAUGCCCAUAAAGUGAUCUUCAUACAGAAGGGAUACCAAAAGCAGGCCAUCUGUUGCGGCAGUCAUUGGCCUUGAGUAUCACAUCCGAGUCAUGGACAGCAGCGUGUGUACUUGAUCAGAAAAGCAUUGUUGUUUCGCACCUAAUGGGGGGGUGCUCCGUUCGACCGCCCCAAAAUCUACGAGGGAUCUUGUCGGACUAGUACAAUGCAUCUGAUACCCAAUUUGGAUAGUCUUUACGCUCAGAUAGAUCCGCAUUGUCUCAUCCUUCGUAACACCGACAAGCACAACUGCCCAUCAAAAAAGAUAUAGAACAAUGAUACCACAAUUUCAACAAAAU